AUGAGAGUACUAGAAUCCAUUCUCGGCCUUUCGGCCUGCGCUGGGGGAGCGCUUGGAGCCCUGCAGCAGGUUACUGGCUUCGGCACGAACCCAACUGGCGUACAGAUGUACAUCUCCGUGCCGGCGAAGGUGGCUACGAACCCCGCCAUCAUUGUUGCUCUACAUCCUUGCGGCGGAACUGCUUCCCAAUGGUACAGCGGCACUAAGUUGCCAUCGUAUUCGGAAAGCAAUGGAUUCAUCCUUAUCUACCCCCAGACGACGAAAUACUCCAACUGCUGGGAUGUCAACAACGCCGGAUCUCUUACCCACGGCGGCAACGGGGACGCUCUCGGUAUUGUCAGCAUGGUCAAUUACACACUCAACAAGUACAACGGCGACAAGUCCAAGGUCUUUGUUAUGGGCGGAUCUUCCGGUGCAAUGAUGACCAAUGUCAUGGUGGGCUCCUACCCCGAUGUAUUCGCAGCUGGUGCAGCGUACUCCGGCGUCGCAUUCGGCUGCUUCGCGGGCUCGAAGAGCGACCCCACGCCCUUUGGCGCGAACCAAACCUGUGCGCAAGGUCUUACCCAUACCGCGGACGACUGGGCUAAGUUCGUCUUGAAUGCCUACCCUGGCUACACCGGAAAGAGGCCUCGCUUCUUGGUUGCUCACGGUCUCUCCGACACCCUCGUCCGUCCCCAGUGCGCCUACGAGCAGCUCAAGCAAUGGUCCAAAGUCCUCGGAGUUACGAACACAGCAAACCAGACUGGAAGUGGCGUGGACGAGGGCUCACAGUACACGAAGAUGGUCUAUGGCGACACUAACCAAUUGGUGGGAUACCUUGGACAAGGUGUAGGUCACAUUGCACCGCCAGUGGAGCCUGUAUUGCUCAAGUUCUUCGGCAUCACAUCGUAAAUAUUGCAAUCAGCAUGUACAUAGCUAUAGUCAGUUCGGGUUAGACUGAGUGAGCAGAUCAAAAUUCCGAACCGCC